AUGGAACCCUCCGCGAACUUCCGACGAUGCAGUGCUGAGCAAAAGGGAAGACAAGCUGCUUUGGACAGACAGGUGUUUGUUAGGAGGGACAGAUGUGGCAUGUGUUUCAACUUGGUAGCGGAGCUAUGGCUCCUGCUCCUGCUAUCAGUUGUUGCACUUGUCACAUUUGUCGUGGUGUUCGCUCCAACUAGUGUUGAGACAGCCAUCAAGGAUGCGGUCAACAGUGGACGUGAUGAGAUGUGUGUGCAGUUUCCGAUGUUGUGCCGCAGGACCACUUUUAGCACUACUCUGGCAAUCUCAACAGCGAACAGUUUUGGGGCGGAUAACAGUCAGUUUGGGGAACAAUCGACCAUGUCUACAGCCAUUCUGGCAACCACGACAACUAGUGGUGUGACAAGCGUGCCCAACAACGAUGGAUCCAUUGCAACGAGUUUCAACAUGGAUGGUUUGGUAACUGAUCAUCCUGUUUUGACCACUAUCAGAACCAUGCUGGCAACAUCGACAGACAAGGCAGAAGAGCGACGCAUGGUGGAGCUCUUGAGACGAGCUAUGAAGAGGUCGCAUGAAGAGGUUGAGACCGCAAUGGAGCGCCUGGAGCAGAUGAGUUUGUCCUUACAACAGGACAUGGGACCAGCCGAGAUGAUCAAGCAUUUGCGUGACAUUGGACUUUUGGAUGGUUCAGACAAUGAUGAUGAUGCAUCACUGUUUGAGGUGAACGCAAGUGCUCUGGUCAGACCCAAUGCAACUCCGAUGAUGCAUGAUCCCUGGUGGUACGAGGACAUUGAUGCUGAACGUGACGACGACGACAGCUGGACAACUGGUGGAAGGUUGGCUGAACAUGUCAGCCGAAGUGCAAUGAAUCUGACUGGUGUGAAUGACUCGCAAUCAGUGCAUGUGAACAACAGCCGCAUGUAUGCAGACCCCAGCCAACUGUUUUCAAUGCAUGAUCCAUUCAGACGUUUGUCCAACAAGCUUUCAGUGUCAAGUUGGUCAGUCAAACACCGACUCCAUGUGAUCUAUGUUUUUCUGGGAACAUGUUUGAUUCUGGCCUCAGUUGGGAUGAUGCACGCAGGGAACCGACAACAUCAAGGACAAGGACAUCAUGGUCCGCGCAUGGGACCUAACUACACUGCUGAUGUGGGGACCGCAACAUUGAAGACCCCGCCGAGUUGGUCUUAUGAAAACAGCCAUCAGUAUUCCUUAAGAAGCUGGUUGAGUGAUGUCGUUCUAUGGAGCAAUGCUACCGAUCUGGAGCCAGACAGGCAUGCGCCUGCUGUUGCUCUGGUUGUGACAGGUGCUGCAAGAGACCUCAUACGUGAGUUGCAGCCGCAACAGCUUCGAGAAGGUGUGUGGGAACAAGGGGUACACGUUUCUGGACUCCUUUUACUGUGCAGAACUCUCGCACGGCAUUAUGCGCCGAUGGAAACUGAGCUGCAAACCCGCAGCAUGGCUGAGCUGGUAGGUUUCUCAAGACUCAAUGGAGAAAACAUGGAUGCAGCACUCACUAGGUUUGAAGUCCUCAAACACAGAGCAAUUCAGAGGGGUGGUUUCGCCAUGAAUGCAGCCACGAUGUCAUACAUCCUUUUGAAUGGUUUGAGACUUCGUCCAGAGCAGUGGGAUCGAAUGUUGCUUCCACUUGACGGUGAAAUGCCAGUCAAUGACCAGCAGUUUCAACAGUUGUUUGAGAGGUUGAGACGAGUAGGUAGAAUGAAUGAGGGUGCCUUCAUGCCUCCAAACCGCCAAGGUGCAACAGGUGAAGUAGGUGCUUUUUACUUUCCGUCAUUUGGUGAACCGGCGCCCCCAAUGGCCCCUGGUUACCAGACCUACUAUGGUGGACCGCCGAGCAUGAAUGCCGAUGCACAAGCACCCAUGUCGCCUCCUGAUGUCCCGAUGUCCAAUGGUGUCAACAUGUCAGCCAGUUUUGCCGUCAUGUCUGAAGAUGAGGACCAAUGCCCACGAUGUGGAAUGUUUUAUGCAGAUGAUGAAUUUUCUUCAGGAACUGAAACUGAUGAUGGUGAGACAGACAAUGAAGUGACAACACUGUAUGGCAAUCUCAGUGAAGAUUCAGCAAAACUUGGAAAUGAAUUGUACGAAGCCUACUUGGUAGCUAAACGAAGAUGGAGACGGUUUUCCAACAAACCGCCACGUAGGUAUCGCCGAAAUCAUUUCAACAAGUUCAGACACAAAUCCAACAUGCAAAAGAUGCAACGGUAUGGAACAAGCUAUGCAUCUUUCUUGCCACCUGGUGCUUUUGCUGCGCACCGAGGACCUGGAGGAAAAGCUUCUGGCAAGGGCCGCAAUGGUCGACAGAAUCCGCGUGGCCGUGACGGUCAGCCGCUGAAGUGUUUCAAAUGUGGCUCCACUGAGCAUCUUGCCAAAAGAUGUUCAAAGCCUGACAGCCAAGGUCAACAGCAGAUGGCCAUGUUGACAGGUAUAGGUGGUUCGAACCUUCAGUUUUUUGCCAGAGGUGUCAGUCAUCAGUCCGAUACCGCAAGCCGUCCGUCAUCCGAUGUUGGUGCCUCCCAUGUGUUCACAACCAUGCGCAUGCAAACAGGUGAGUUGGUCUCCCGAACUUUUGAAGCCGAAUCAAUUCAUUCCAGUGCCCCAUCAUCCAAGCGUAGUUUCUUUGAUGAUUUGGAAUCUCUGAGGAGUGCCAGUAGCAACAACAAGCGUAGGGUUGACACAGCUGUUGAAGAUAAGAGGGAUGAAUAUGCAGAUAACCCUGAGCCGCGUUUUCCACCACCAACUGAGCCGGCUCCAACAGCACAGCAGUUGCAGAUGAAAGCAGCCGUUGUUGUGAAUCAACCCGUAGCUGAAUGGACAUCUUUCAUGGUUGGCAGUUUAUCAAGUAGCAGUUCUGCCCCAGCACAGCCCAGGAUGUCGUCCACCGAAGCCUUGUUGUCUGGUCUUGAGUCUUCCAGGUCAUCUCCAAGUCAAGCCAUCACAGCCGAUGAUGCACAGGAUGCUGAGUCUCCGAGCCGCCCAACACGACCAACCAAGCAGAAGCAGAAAGAAAUCAGAUCAGCAACCACUUUGCAGUUGUCGCAGCUUUUGUCGAACAUGCCUGGUUCACAACCUGAUCCGGAAAGUUCUGAGACAAUCGAAGCCAUCGAGCAACAGCUCAGAACGCAUGCCCGCAAGAAGCUGCUGGAUGAACCACUUCAUGUCAGUGGGGUAGGCAAGAGCGCCCAGUGUGCCACAACUGCAGUGUCCGUCGAUUUCGAUUUAGGAAUGUUGGUUGAUGGUCAUGACAGUGCGCCAGAGUUGGGUUGCACAUACACCGCUCCUGUGAUUCCCAACAGCCAGCUGCCGAUGUUGCUUGGACUGAAAUCUCUUCGUGCCAAGCGUGCCAUCCUGGAUACGCAUGGAAGACUCCUGAUCUUGCCGGGUGAAGGAGGUGUCAAGUUCAGAGUGAGCCCAGGUACUUUGGUUUUGCAGUUGGAAGACAGUGAAUCAGGUCAUCUCAUUCUGCCAAUGAGACCGCCGAUGGACCCUGUGGACUACAGGACUGUUCGCAGUGACCGCAGGACGAUGGAAGAACACAAGUUGAAUUUCAACACUCACUGUCGUGCAGCCAGAACGCCAUCGCCAACACGCACUCCUGUUCAUGCAACCAGAGGUCCAUAUCAAAAGGAUGGUUGUCGCAUCCUCACAGGUGUCCAAGAGCCAAGUCAGCCCAUCAAUUCUCAGCAGACACGACGUUUGUCCGAUGUGCAUGGUGUCAGGUCGUCUGAGGCCUCCAGGACACCGAGAACAGGAAGAAAUUCUGCACCGCCUGAGCCACCAAGAGCAGGACGAAAUGCUGCACCGCCCGAGCCUUCUGGACCACCACCUGUCAGGGCAGAGCCGAAUCCCUGA